UUUUUAUGGAAAAAAACCUAGUAGAAUAUAUAAAAUUCCAAGUAUUUUGAAUAGUUCGGGAGUAUGGGAAAAUGGAAAAGCAAGAAUUUGAAUAAACCGUCCUUUCCUUUCCCCUUUUUCCUUCAAAUUUCUCCUAGUAUGUAACUUUAUUGAUCUCUCAGUCAUGAUAGCAAAACCGAACCCAUUUCAUUUCUUCCUACAUCUAUCUUCCUCACAAUUGUCACUUAAAUACUCAACUUCUUCAAACACCCUUUCCAACUCCAUCACUAAAACAAACAAAUUCUUAAUUUACUGCAACACCAAAAUAGCCGAAAAUGGACGUAACGGCAACAUUCAAGAAGCUGAAUUCAUAUUCAACAACAUGCCCAUGAAAAACAUCGUUUCUUGGACGGCAAUGCUCACGGCCUACUCUCAAAACAAGAAAAUCAAGAAUGCACGUGAAACGUUCGAUAAAAUGCCUGAAAGAAGCAUUGCGUCGUCGAAUGCAAUGUUAACGGCUUAUAUGAGGAAUGGAGUUGGAGUUGAUGAGAUUUUUGAGUUUUUUAAGAUGAUGACGGAGAGAAAUGCGGUGUCUUUUGGUGCGAUGAUUACGGGGUUUGUUAAUGCAGGGAGGAUUGAUAUGGCGGAGAGUUUGUAUUAUCGGACUCCUAUGGUUUUUCGGGAACCUGUUUGUUCGAAUGUGUUGAUAAAUGGGUAUUUGAAAGUUGGGAAGUUAAGGGAUGCAGUUCGUGUUUUUGAUGGUAUGGUGAGGAAAGAUAUUGUAGCUUGUAGUGUAAUGAUUGAUGGGUACUCAAAGAACGGGAAAGUUAUUGAGGCUCGGGAGUUGUUUGAUACCAUGAAGGAGAGAAAUGAGGUCACUUGGGGUGCGAUGAUUGAUGGGUAUAUGAAAGUUUGUUGUUUCAAAGAAGGGUUUGAUUUGUUUCUAAGAGUGAGAAGAGAAGGUGAUGUGAGACUGGAACCAACUAUACUGACAAUCGUUUUAGAAGCUUGUGGAAGACUUAGUAAGCAUCGACAAGGUUAUCAAGUCCAUGGAUUGGUUUCGCGUUUGGGAUUUGAAUUUGAUGUUUUCUUGUGUAAUUCAUUGAUUACUAUGUACUCGAGAUUUGGUUGUGUAGAUGCAGCUAAAAGUGUGUUUGAUUCAAUGUUAAGGAAAGAUGUCAUUUCUUGGAAUUCGCUUAUUUCAGCUUUUGUUCAAGCUGGAAAUCUCGAAGAGGGAUAUGAGUUUUUUAAACGGGCUCCGAAAAAGGAUGUAGUUUCGUGGACAGCCAUGAUUACAGGGUUUUCUGAAAAAGGUUUGACUGAAAUUUGUGUUGAUCUAUUUAAAAUGAUUCCCGAGAAAGAUGAUGUUGCAUGGACAAAUCUUAUCUCUUGUUUUGUAAAUAAAGGGGAAUAUGAGGAGGCUUUCAAAUGGUUUAUUAAAAUGAUUCAUAGUGCAGUUAGACCAAAUCCUCUAACUUUAAGUAGUAUGCUUAGUGCUUCAGCUGGUAUGGCCAUGUUAAAUCAAGGUCUGCAAAUUCAUGCUCUUGUUUGGAAAAUGGAUAUGGAGUUAGAUUUGUCUAUCCAAAGUUCUCUUAUCUCAAUGUAUUCGAAGUCUGGAAGUUUGGAUGAUGCCUAUAGGAUUUUUAAAUUCAUAAAUUCCCCGAAUAUUGUUUGUUUCAAUGCAAUGAUUACUGGAUUUGCGCAAAAUGGCUAUUGCAGAGAAGCACUUAAGUUGUUUGACCAGUUGCAAAAUGAAGGUGAGCGACCUAAUGGUAUCACUUUUCUAGGGGUUCUAUCAGCAUGUAUGCAUGUGGGGCUCCUAGAAGAAGGGUGGAACUACUUCAAAUCCAUGAGAUCCUUAUACAACAUUGAACCCGAGCCUGAUCAUUAUACUAGCAUGGUUGAUAUACUAGGACGAGCUGGUUUACUUGAUGAAGCAGUUAGUCUAAUCAAUUCAAUGCCAUUCAAGACACAUGCUGGGGUUUGGGGUGCUCUUCUGGGUGCCAGCAAGACUCACCUGCGUCUUGAUCUUGCAAAGCUUGCAGCUCAAAAGAUUUUGGACUUAGAACCAAGUAAUGCAGCACCAUACGUAGUGUUGUCAGACCUGUAUUGUGUUGUCGGAAAGAAGAAAGAUGAAGAACAAGUUAGGCUGGCUAAGAAAUUGAAAAGAAUAAAGAAAAUUCCAGGUUGCAGUUGGAUUUUGUUGAAAAACAAUAUUGGUAUAUUUCUCUCUGGAGAUCAGUCCCAUUUGAACUUUGAAGAGAUCAGCUGCACAUUGUGGACGAUUAUGGAUUACACGAAACAAUUAAGUUGCAUAGACCAUGACUUGUUACCACUUUAAAAUGUUAGUUUACAUCCGAAAAGGAUAAAGAACAGUCCGGUGCACUAAAGCUCCCGCUAUAGUGUACGGAGUCUUACCCUGCAUUGCUGCAAGAGGCUGUUUCCAUGGCUUGAGCACGUGACCUCCUGGUCACGUGGCAGCAACAUUUCCAGUUACCAAAGGAUAUUCACUUUAUAAUGCUUGUCCACUGACACCACUAAAAUGGAAGUGUCAUUUACCUGCCUACUAUCAUAUGCUUUCUUGGAUGGUUGAAGAGAAUAAGGGAUGUAUUAGCAAAAUGCAGUAGAUAUUCUAAAGGGGAUCGCCGGAUAUAGUUCAUUCUGCAGCAUUUGGCAAGUGGAAGCAUGAAAAGAUUGCCAUCCGGACAUAUUGAAUCAGUGAAAUGUUGUCCCUAAGGCGGCCUGCGUAAUCGAAAGGCAUUUGUAGUUGCCAUUUCUUGCAUGGUUCUCCUGUUAAGUUUUUACAGUGUAUAUACAGAAUCUACAGCCUCCGUCUUCCAUAGAGAGAUCGCCACUUUCUUGCUGUUAGUUUCAUUAAUUUCUAGUGCCUACAAUUUGUUUAUACUUUUGUAAAUAGAUAGGUACAGUUAUAGGAGCUGAGUGUUGAGAGGGCGCCCUCGCUUCUUCGGGAAAUUGAGUCGAUUGUGGCUGUUUAUCGUGCAAUACUAUAUGAAAUUUGAAGGCACUUAACCAUUCAAUAGCACCUAAUGAUUAUGUUCUUAACUUAAAAUGCAUCUACGUUUU